AUGUUAGGACAGCUUAAUCCGGAUUCUGAAGCAAUGAGUACCUGUAAAAAGGCCAGGGCGGAAUCUACAUCUGUUGUGAGUUCAGACAGACUGAGUAGUCUACCUCCAGAGAUAAAGGGCGACAUCCUCUCCCGUCUGAAUGUCGAAGAAGCGGUUAGGACUAGCACCUUAUCAAGUACUUGGAGGGAUGCAUGGACUAAUAUGCCAAAAAUAUUUCUGCGCAAUGGAAAUUUUGCAAGAACCAAGUUCGUCACAUUAGUCGAUAUGGUGCUAUCACUCCACAAGGGAACUGUAGAGAAGUUUGAUAUUUCAGGUAGCAAACCUUACCAUGACGAGUUCGGCAGGUGGAUGCUCAUGCUUUCUAGGAUAUAA